AUGGAUGAUGAGGAUGGGAGAUGCUUACUAGACGUGAUUUGUGACCCUCAAGCCCUCAAUGAUUUUUUGCAUGGAUCCGAGAAGCUUGACAGCGAUGACCUCCUGGAAAACCCCGGGGAGGCCCAAAGUGCCUUCUAUGAAGGUCCUGGGCUCCAUGUCCAAGAAACUUCUGGCAACCACCUGAACCCCGAGCCCAGCCAGCCAGCGCCCAGCGUGGACCUCGACUUCCUGGAAGAUGACAUCCUGGGCUCGCCCUCGGCUGGGGGUAGCGGUGCAGGCGGUGGGGGCGCUGACCAGCCAUGCGACAUCCUCCAGCAGAGCCUCCAGGAGGCCAACAUCACGGAGCAGACGCUGGAGGCUGAGGCCGAGCUGGACCUGGGCCCCUUCCAGCUGCCCACCCUGCAGCCAGCGGAUGGGGCCGGCCCAGCGGGGACAGCGGCCGUGGCCACAGGGACGCAAGCCCUCUUCCCUGGCGGCGCCGAUCUGCUGGGGCUGCAAGCGCAGCCCACCGUGCUGGCCCACCAGGCCCUGGUCCCACCCCAGGACGUGGUCAACAAGGCCCUGAGCGUGCAGCCCUUCCUGCAGCCUAUGGGCCUGGGCAACGUGACAUUGCAGCCCAUCCAAGGACUCCAGGGCCUGCCCAAUGGCAGCUCGGGGGGCGCUGCCACUGCCACACUCGGCCUGGCCCCCAUUCAGGUGGUGGGCCAGCCCGUCAUGGCCCUCAACCCGCCCGCCUCCCAGCUCCUCGCCAAGCAGGUGCCUGUCAGUGGCUACCUGGCCUCGGCGGCUGGCCCCUCAGAACCGGUAACGCUGGCAUCAGCUGGCGUCUCAUCCCAGGGAGCCGGCCUGGUCAUCCAGAAGAACCUGCCCGCUGCUGUGGCCACCACGUUGAAUGGGAACUCUGUGUUUGCAGGGGCGGGGGCUGCCACGGCUGCAGCCACCGGGGCUCCCUCGGGACAGCCGCUGGCAGUGGCCCCGGGCCUGGGCGCGUCGCCUCUCGUGCCAGCACCCAACGUGAUUCUGCACCGCACGCCCACGCCCAUCCAGCCCAAGCCCGCCGGUGUGCUGCCCCCCAAGCUCUACCAGCUGACGCCCAAGCCCUUUGCCCCAGCGGGCACCACGCUGACCAUCCAGGGCGAGGCAGGGGCCCUCCCACAGCAGCCCAAAGCCCCCCAGAACCUGACUUUCAUGACAGCAGGCAAAGCGGGCCAGAACGUGGUCCUGUCGGGGUUCCCAGCACCCGCCCUCCAGGCCAAUGUCUUCAAGCAGCCACCGGCCACCACGCCAGGGGCCACCCCACCGCAGCCCUCCGGGGCCCUGAGCAAGCCCAUGAGCGUCCACCUCCUGAACCAAGGCAGCAGCAUUGUCAUCCCUGCCCAGCACAUGCUGCCCGGCCAGAACCAGUUCCUGCUGCCCGGCGCCUCGGCCGUCCAGCUGCCCCAGUCGCUCUCCGCCCUCCCGGCCAACGUGGGGGGCCAGAUCCUGGCGGCCGCAGCUCCCCACGCCAGCGGACAGCUCAUCGCCAACCCCAUCCUCACCAACCAGAACCUGGCCGGCUCGCUGAGCCUGGGCCCCGUGCUGGCCCCCCACUCCGGGGCCCACAGCGCUGCCCACAUCCUCUCAGCCGCCCCCAUCCAGGUGGGCCAGCCGACACUCUUCCAGAUGCCCGUGUCCCUGGCUGCGGGCAGCCUGCCCACGCAGAGCCAGCCCGCCCCGGCUGGCGCCACAGCCACCACCGUCCUCCAGGGUGUCACCCUGCCGCCCAGCGCCGUGGCCAUGCUCAACACCCCCGACGGCCUGGUGCAGUCGGCCGCCCCUGCCGCCCCCGGCGAGGCCACGUCCGUCCUGGCCGUGCACACGGCCACCCAGGCGCCCCCCGCCGUCAGCACGCCGCUGCCCCUGGGCCUCCAGCAGCCACCGGUGCAGCAGCCCCCGCAGGCCCCGACCCCGCAGGCCGCCACGCCGCAGGCCACCACCCCGCAGCCCAGCCCAGGCCUGGCGUCCAGCCCCGAGAAGAUCGUGCUGGGACAGCCGCCCACAGCCACCCCCACGGCCAUCCUCACUCAGGAGUCCAUGCAGAUGUUCUUGCCCCAGGAAAGGAGCCAGCAGCCCCUCCCCACAGAGGGCCCCCACCUCUCCGUGCCCGCCUCGGUCAUAGUCAGCGCCCCACCUCCCACCCAAGACCCAGCCCCGGCCACCCCCGUCGCCAAAGGAGCUGGCCUUGGCCCUCAGGCCCCUGACAGCCAGGCCUCCCCGGUUCCGGCCCCCCAGAUCCCUGCAGCAGCUCCGCUGAAGGGUCCCGGCCCCUCCUCAUCCCCGUCGCUACCUCACCAAGCCCCUCUGGGGGACAGCCCCCAUCUGCCCUCCCCACACCCCGCCCGACCUCCCUCCCGUCCACCCUCCAGACCCCACUCUCGUCCACCCUCCCAGCCCCAGAGCCUGUCUCGUCCACCCUCUGAGCCCACCCUGCAUCCCUGUCCCCCACCCCAGGCCCCCCCAACUCUGCCCAGCAUCUUUGUCAUCCAGAACCAGCUGGGCGCCCCCUCAUCUGCCAGCACCCCAGUUCCCACUGCCCCAGGCCCACCCCAGCCCCCUCUGCGCCCCCCAUCCCAGCCCCCUGAAGGGCCACUGCCUCCAGCCCCCACCUCCACCACCGUGGCCUCCUCCUCCGAGACCCCCACCAGAUUGCCAGCUCCCACACCACCUGACUUCCAGUUCCCACCCAGCCAGGGACCCCACAAGCCCCCCAGCCCUCCACCACCAACCCUCCACCUCGUCCCUGAGCCCACAGUGCCCCCUCCACCGCCUCCUCGGACCUUCCAGAUGGUGACCACACCCUUCCCGCCUCUGCCCCAGCCGAAGGCUCUUCUCGAGAGAUUUCACCAGGUGCCGUCUGGAAUCAUUCUCCAGAACAAGGCCGGGGGGCCCCCUGCCACCCCGCAGACCUCCGUCAGCCUGGGGCCACUCUCGAGCCCCACUGCCUCUGUGCUGGUCAGCGGACAGGCCUCGUCCGGGACCCCCACCGCCCCCAGCCAUGCCCCUGCCCCGGCACCCAUGGCCAGCGCAGGCCUGCCUCCUCUGCUUCCUACCGAGGGCAAAGCCUUUGCCAGCAACCUUCCAACCCUGACUGUGGCCAAGGCUACCCCGUCCGGGCCAGGGAAGUCCUCCGGGCUGCAGUAUGAUAGCAAGUUGAGCAGCCUGAAGAAACCACUCACACUUCAGCCCAGCAAGGAAGCCUGCUUCCUGGAGCAUUUGCACAAACAUCAGGGCUCCGUCCUGCACCCCGACUACAAGACGGCCUUCCCCUCUUUCGAGGACGCUCUGUACCGCCUCCUGCCCUACCAUGUCUACCAGGGCGCCCUGCCCUCCCCGACCGACUACCACAAAGUGGACGAGGAGUUUGAGACGGUCUCCACGCAGCUGCUGAAGCGCACGCAGGCCAUGCUCAACAAGUACCGCCUCCUGCUCCUGGAGGAGUCGCGGAGGGUGAGCCCCUCGGCCGAGAUGGUGAUGAUCGACCGCAUGUUCAUUCAGGAGGAGAAGACCACCCUUGCCUUGGAUAAACAGCUGGCUAAGGAGAAGCCAGACGAGUAUGUGUCUUCCUCGCGCUCCCUCGGCCUACCCAUGGCAGCCGCCUCUUCCGAGGGCCACCGGCUCCCGGCUCACGGCGCCCCCUCGUCCUCCACGUCCGGGGCUUCGGCCCAGCCCCCUCCGCACCUGCCCACCAAGCUCGUGAUCCGGCACGGCGGGGCAGGCGGCUCCCCGUCGGUGACCUGGGCCCGGGCAUCGUCCUCCUUGUCCUCGUCGUCCUCCUCGUCCUCGGCCGCCUCCUCCCUGGACGCCGACGAGGACGGCCCCAUGCCCUCCCGGAACCGGCCGCCCAUCAAGACGUACGAGGCCCGCAGCCGCAUCGGCCUCAAGCUGAAGAUCAAGCAGGAGGCCGGGCUCAGCAAGGUGGUGCACAACACGGCCCUGGACCCGCCCGCGCCGCCCACCAAGGUGGACGAGGCCACGAGCGGGCUCAUCCGCGAGCUGGCCGCCGUGGAGGACGAGCUGUACCAGCGCAUGCUCAAGCGGUCCUCCCCGGACCCGUCUGCGGGGCCCGGCCAGGGCGGCGGCAGCGGAGACCCCGGCUGGGAGGCCCCCGCGCUGCCCACCCCCAAGCGCCCCAAAUCCGAGUCUCCCGACGUGGACCAGGCCAGCUUCUCCAGCGACAGCCCGCAGGACGCCUCGCUGACGGAGCACCUGCAGAGCGCCAUCGACAGCAUCCUGAACCUGCAGCAGGCCCCCGGCCGGACGCCCGCACCCCUGUACCCCCACCCUGGCCCGCCGGGCGCGCCCGCGCCCCUGCACAGGCCCGACGCCUACCCCCCCUCCAGUCACAACGGCGGCCUCGGCACCAGGACGUUAAACAGAUAA